AGCAACUGCUUGCACGUGCGUUACCACUCCUAUGUCUCCCUGUCAUGGCUUUUGCGCCAUCAGUACAGAUACAUCACAUGUUGACCACCAAAGUCCAUUUGACGUCACAAAAUGUCCAGUACAUUAAACAUAUCCUCAUCUGGUUUGCAUAAGAGGAUAUCUUCCUUAAUUUAUCCCCCCCAUAAACGUAACAGACAUAUACCAGGACCUGUGCCAGGCCUGCCACAUCUGUUGACUCACCCAGCUGUAAUGCAUAGAUUUCACUGCCUUGUAUGCGAUGCAGGAAUUGUUUCAAAACAUCUAAUGCCUUGUCACUGAUGCGUUGUGAAAGUGUUUGAUGAAGUCAUGGCCUGCAUACUGUGUUGUGUGAUGUGCAUCUUAUUGGCCUUUUAUUUUCCCCAGCACAAGGUGCACCUGUGUAAGGAUAAUGCUGUUUAACCAGCUUCUUGAUAUGCCACACCUGUCAGGUGGAUGGAUUAUCUUGGCAAAGGAGAAAUGCUCAGUAACACAACAUUUAAGAGAAAUAAGCUUUUUGUGCAUAUGGAACAUUUCUGUGAUCAUUUAUUUCAGCUCAUGAAACAUGGGACAAACUACAUGUUGUCUAUUUUUGUUCUCCUUUUUUGAAGGUUGUACUGAUUAUGAUGAGCCAAUGCUAAGCCAUUUGCUGUCUGUAUGGAGCCAUGUUUGUUAACAACAUUCAAUGCAUUCUGUGUGUCAUUUAAAUGUCUAUCAGACACACAAUGUUUAUAGCAAAACGAGAAGGGAUGGUUCACUCGCCUUUCAAGUAAACUUCCGUAAGUGAAUGAUGGUAGAUGACGAGCACUCCCUUCAACAUGCAUACUGCAAAUAGACCCAACUCAUCUUGUCACCUCAUGUUUGGUUGACGCAGAAAAACUAACAUGGUGACAUGCACAAACUACCCACUGGGAUUACUUUAGACUUUUAGAAAGUAUUUUACUCAAUUAUUUCAAUCACUGGUUAGCUCACCCAUGAUGUGACGAAUUAUACGUAGUAAUUAAUAUUAGCUAACUCAUAAUCUGGUUUCUAUCAGCCGAUAGUUGGGUAUAUAUGACCGCUAGUGUUGGCUCACUCUUUACUCAGUUAGCAUUAGGACUAUUGUAGCCUACAUUUUCAGAUUUGGAUGAGUAUUGUGUUAUGCUACUUCUGUGACUGUGAACAUUGCAUCGAUAAUAAACUGCUCACAUUGAGGACAUAAUAUUGUAAAGACUGUUUGUGUAAAAUGUUUCUGUGAAAUAAGUGUGACCAGCUCAAAUGCUGACUGUUGUGUCAAUUGUAACUACAGGUUCUAAUCACACUGGUUUGAGUCUACGCUGCAGGGACUGCUGUGUUCAAAUGCGUUAAUGAUUUUCUGAUCUGAUACAAAUCUUCCAAAGGUCUGUCUCCAUGGCUUAGUGUGCUGUAGCAGUUGGACCCAGGCAGAAGUCUCUCUUCUCCUUCAGCCCUUCUCCCAGCGGUGAGAUCGUGACCUCACACCGGGACGGUAACUGCCCCUGCUGGUUACUAGAAAGCCCCCUGUGGAGAUGGAGCCCCAGGGGCUGCCCAGAGCAGUGGGGGAUUAUGAGAUGUUUGGUCUGCUGGUGCCCAGUCCCCAGAGUGAGGCGGUCACCCAUGAGCUGGAGGAGCUGACCCUACAGCCCAGCAACAACCUGCCCCCCCUCAACGAACGCAAGAACGUCCUUCAGCUGAGGCUACAGCAGAGACGCACCCGUGAGCAGCUGGUAGACCAGGGCAUCAUGCCUCCUCUAAAGAGCCCAGCGGCAUUUCAUGAGCAGAUACGCAGCCUGGAGAGAGCCAGGACUGAAAACUUCCUGAAACACAAGAUCCGCAGCCGACCAGAGAGAUCUGAACUGGUCAGAAUGCACAUCCUUAAGGAGACUGGGGCAGAACCCUCCCUGCAGGCCACCCAGAUGAAGCUGAAGAGGGCCAGGCUGGCUGACGACCUGAAUGAGAAGCUGGCCCAGCGCCCCGGCCCCAUGGAACUGGUAGAAAAGAACAUUCUGCCUGUAGAACCCAGCGUCAAGGAGGCCAUCAUUGUAAACUACCCCAAAGCGCUGGACACGUACGGGUUUGAUGAGGACAGCGGGGACGCCCUGUCUCCAGAGCAGCCGGCCAGCCAUGAGUCCAAGGCCUCCACACCCUCCCCUGGGGAACCUCGGGCCCUAGAGGCCCCAUGCCCACCCCCGCUGCCCACAAUCACCAACAACCACACAAUCCUACAGCCCUUUCCUGUUGUCACCCAGGCAACGGCAGACUUCCUCAAAGCUCUCUCCACCCAAGAGCUGCCAGUCAGUCGCCCAGCACCCGCGUCUCAGCCUAUCAUCACUGUCGUUCCUUCAAAGCCAGGGCCCACCCUAGUGAAACAGAGCCAGCCCAAACAGCCGGGAGAGAGGAAUCGCAGUAAGAAGGGCAAGGACCCAAAGCCCCGGGUCAAGAAGUUAAAGUACCACCAGUAUGUCCCCCCAGACCAGAAACAGGAGGCCAGCGAAGCCCCCAUGGACUCAUCCUACGCCAAGAUCCUCCACCAGCAGCAACUGUUCCUCCAGCUGCAGAUCCUCAACCAACAGCAGCAGCAGCACUACAACUACCACACCAUCCUCCCAGCACCCUUAAAACCUGUAGCUGAGGGUCAGAACAGCGGUGUGAACGGCCUGCCAACCUCUAUAGUGCUGUCCCUGCCUCCUGCCCCCCAUGUCACUGUCCCUCCUCCCACCCCUGUCCGUCCCAACAACAGCCUAUCCAACCGCAAGCCUGGCCACCUGCCUCCUAACCUGGAGGACAUGAAGGUGGCCGAGUUGAAACUGGAGCUGAAAUUGCGAAGCCUCCCUGUCUCAGGGACCAAGACUGAUCUCAUCGAGAGGCUGAAGCCCUACCAGGAGGGUCCUAGCACCCCGGCCCCUACCACAGUCCCAAACCCCGGCUUUAAAACCCUCCCCUCAAUUCCCAUCGAGGUUGGCUCAUCCCCUGCACUUCUACCUGCCCACCAGGUGGCACCAGAGAGCAUGAGCGCCACAGCCCCAGUGUCCCCAAUCCCCACAGACCUCGCCACCUUCAGAGACGACGGAGGGAUGCCCAGGGUAUCCAAGCUCCUUUGCGACCCCCAGAGGGUGAGCCUCUGUCGGACAGGCGCGGGGAUGUCCCAACUUGGCCUGGGUGUUGUUCCGGAGGAGAAGGACCGGCGGCUCCAUGAGAAGGAACGUCAGAUCGAGGAGCUGAUGAGGAAGCUGGAGCAGGAGCAGAUGCUGGUGGAGGAGCUCAAGAUGCAGCUGGGGGUGGAGAAGAAGACCCAGCCCCUCCAGGGACCCUCAGACCCCGUCCCCAUGAUCCAGACCUUCAACGCAGUCAAAAUGGAAGGCAGGGUCCUUCCUAACUGCUCAGCCAUGAUUAACUCAACCCUGGCCCCCCAGACUCUCCCCACUGUGGUGAAGGUAGAGGAUGUAAUUUGUAACACCAGACCCCAUUCCCAGCCCAAUCCGGCCCCCAGUCUGCCCCAGUUUUUCAUCAGCCACCAGGGGAGAGUGUCCCAGGUUCUAGGCCAGCCUGUUUCCCAGACCCUACUCACGGCCCAGGAUGGCUCUACUCAGAUCCUCCUUCCUGUCCUCCAGGCUACGUUGUCAAAUCAGGCCCCAGGUCUGAUGCAAGCCUCCAUCUCCCAGCUGCAUACCACCAAGAUGGAGACAGCCUCCACUCAGCAGAUAACUAAUCACAACCACAUUUUGCAGACUGUUACAGUUUGUAACGGCUCUGGGAUGGUGGAGAACCAGACUAUGCCCGACAUGCCUCCCCAGUGUUUCCUGAGCAGCUCCCCAGAUAACAGGCACUCUCCCCGUGGGGCUUCACCCAGCCACAACCAUUCCAAUGGGCCUGUUAACAAGUCCCCCUCUCCAUCCCAGCCCACCUUCAUCCUCCACCCCUCCUCCCUUGUUACCCAGCCCCCCAAGACCAGGGAGCCCCCUCGCUACGAGGAUGCAGUUAAACAGACCCGCAACCUGCAGCAGGCCAACAACCUCACACAGGUUUCCACGGCAACCAGCCAGCAGAUGGACGACCUGUUUGACAUCCUGAUUCAGAGUGGAGAGAUCACUCCAUUCAUCCAGCAGGACCUGCCUUCUCUAAGCACUAAGACUGUCCCUGUCACAGCCAACAUCACUACCCUCCCUGUCAACACCGCCCUGUUCAGAACCCCUCCACAGAUCCAGGUUGCUCCCCCUCCCACCCCUCCCUUCAACCCCCUGCCCCUCCCCAGCCUGUCCUCCGACAACCAGCUGGAGGCCUUCCUGGAGGGGACUCUGAACAACCUGUCCCCAACCACGGAUCCCCGCACCCUGGGUCUGAUCGAGGAGUUGCAGUCCCAGCUCCUGGAUCAACCCUACUCCCCAAUGGACACCUCAGAGCUGUCCUUCUGCGACUCCACGUCUCCCCCUUCCUCCCUCAACAUGGGCUUGUCCGACACAGUCCUGGACAACAUGGAGUGGCUGGAUCUAACCAUGCCGUCCGACCCCGCGGGGGGGCUCACACCCCUGGGGAUUCCUUCAGACUUCCUGGAUACACACGACCUGCAGCUGCACUGGGACUGAGGGAGAAGGGGAUGGAUGGAGUGAGGAAGGAAGGAAGGAAGAGGAGGAGUGGUGUAGGGAUAGAGGGACUCAAUGUAACAAAUGCAGACUUGGUAAGUGAGGUUAGUCCUCCUUGUGUAUUUAAAACAUAGAAAAUAAAAUGUUUUGCCAUCUAAUAAGAUUAGCCAGCUGGUGAUCGGGGCAGUGGAUGUUUAGUAGGAGUACUGGGACCAGAUCCAAAUGAACAAGGAGGCGGACGGUGUGUAAAUAUCCUGUAAAUGUUAGCUGUUCCCUCAGCCCUGCUGGAGUUUUUAUUGAAUUGGGCAAAGCUUUCACUAUACGACACCUGGCAGUCAGCCUUACGCUGUUCAGCUUUCCUUGCGGUGCACACGUGGAUGUGUGAACUUCGCAUGCGUUUCACAUUGGUCAUGCUACAGGGUCUGGAUCUACAGCUCUGUGGAAGCAUGCUGCUGUGCCAUACAGUCAGUCUGAGAAUGUGGUUUGUUUAUUACAGAUCUGCUGUGCACAAGCCACGACAAACAGCAUAACUGACCCAAGUAAAACUGACAAGAGUGCAAGGCUGUUUUACACUGGUCUUUUUUUUUUGCGACAUACCUAUAUUUGGUAUUGCGACAUACCUAUAUUUGGUAUUGCGACAUACCUAUAUUUGGUAUUGCGACAUACCUAUAUUUGGUAUUGCGACAUACCUAUAUUUGGUAUUGCGACAUACCUAUAUUUGGUAUUGCGACAUACCUAUAUUUGGUAUUGCGACAUAUUGUUUUGGAUGAGACUGUUUUUUCCUGAACAAAACAGACACUCUGGUCAGUUGGACUAUUUAAGCAACUGACACUGAGAACAAAGACUCACUCCUAUUGGAUGAGGAGGAGUGGACUCCUCCCACUCUGAGCUAUGCACUAAGGAGGCGGGCCUUACACCUGCACCUCACACAAGGAAAUCUGAAUCACAGAUAAAGAUUUUAAUGAACCGUUUAUUGAAAGAAAUGUCGGUCCACGUUUUGGGUAUCUUUUGUGUACUUUCAAUUCAAGGAUUCCAAGUUGAUCCGUCUGAAAGAAAGUGGAGACUACAUUUUUGGCAGCUUUCUCUUCUGAAAGACAACUGACGUAUCAGUGGCAAGGGAACAAUUAUGCUAUCACACAGGUACACUACAUAGAGGUUCAUGUGUAUAUACUUACUGUAUGCUAGCCUGGUCCCAAGGCUGUUUGUGCUCUUGCCAACUCCAUUGCUUAUUGCCAAGCAUGUUUGACAUGACAAUGAGUGACAAGAAGUUGGCAUGAUAGUCUGAGUGCCAGUUGUUUUGUAUGCUACAAGUGUUUGUGACCUGUUUUAAUGUGGCUGCAUGACCUCUGGCAGAAAGGGGUGCUUUACUGUAAUCUUCUCUGUCUGUCCUGAAAUCUGUCUGUCAAAUCUCUGCAUUUGUCUCGGUUCUCUCGGCAUUUGUCUCAGUCUCUCACUGUGUGUCUGUGGUUCUGUCUGAGAAGUGAUGCAUGAUGUCUCUGUCUGCAUGUGUGUCUGUGUGUGCCCUUUCUGUGUGUCUCUGUGUGCCCUUUCUGUGUGUCUCUGUGUUGUUGAACGUUUUAAACAAUGUCUGAUAUCGGGCUAUAUUUGUCUCUGUCACGGAGUUGGCUGCAACUCACUUGAGUCGUCUUUAUUUUUAUGAAGUUGGACGUUCAUAAGACAAAUGAACAACUUUUUAUAGGCUGAGUUUUAAAAAGGUUUGUCUCACAGAACAGCUUUGUAUGACUGUUCCCUCUGUCCUGUUUGGUUUGUGUUAUGUGGUAAAACGCACAGUAAACACCCACAGUGGUGUGACCAACAGAGUUAAACUAAAAGGGAUGACAUUAAGCUUCUGGUAUUAGCUACCAUUUUGUGGCUGAAUUUGAUGAUGGUGUUUAUGCGUAUAAUACUUUUUUAUUUAUUUGCGUUGUGUAGUUCUACCUGGCAUAUCAUGUCAAACGACUUUAGUAGUAUUCAGCAUCUCAAUCCAAAUAUUAUUCUGAACAAUAUUGUAUAGAACUAAUACGGUUGUACUGUAUAGCACUUUGGAAUAUCAUGGCUUUAUUUUGAUGUUUGAACAAUCAUUCUUAUCCAACAAGUCAAACACUAAGGAUAACAUAUAGGCAGGUAAUAAUGCCAAAUACUGUACACACUGUCUGUUACCAUUAGGAACCAGAUGCUUGUAACUGUGGUUUAGGGCUAUCAAGGAAUUAUUUGUUUUUCAAUUGUUGCCUAAUAAGGCAGUUAAACAUUGGUGAAAAUCUAUUGUUGCCACUUUUUUAAAAUUGUAUUGAUCACAUUUUUGUGUUCUAAAAUCAAUAGCUUUUUCUGUAUAUAUGCAAGAGGAAGAUUACUGUAAAUUGUUUUUUUACCACCCAUACCAGAAAUAUAUGGCCAAAUGCAUCUAUAUACAUGGGUAUGCUGUAAAAUAUGACAGUUGGAUUCUAAAACAUUUAGAUUCUGAAUCAUGUCAAACCUACUACUGUUAAUAGGAUGUUAGUGAAGCAAUAAGGCUAUAUAUCCUUACACUUACAGCACUGGUUCAUUUGUGUUGUCGCUAUCUCAUAACAAGAUGUCAUCGUGUUGAUCAUUGCAAGCGGAUAUUGAUUGAUUUCGGCCUUACCUAAUUCUGUGUCUUCUGUGUGGUACUGUCUCCCGUUCAACCCUGGUUCUUUGUCUGAAAUGUAACUACACUGAACAAAAGUGUAAACGCAACAUUUUCAAAGAUUUUAGUUCAUAUAAGGAAAUCAGUUAAUUGAAAUACAUUCAUUAGGCCCUACUCUAUGGAUUUCACAUGACUGGGAAUACA